UGAGCGAUAAAAAAACAGCCGCAGAAAAACAAUUUCUAAAAUGUCGAGUCGAGUAUUAUUUUAACCAAAUUCAGAUAGUAUUCCGUGGAUGACUCCAUUGUACGCCAGGAACAAGCCGUACAGCCGCACCACCCCCCCACACACACACCGCAUAAACACUGCAGUAUUUUCACACUUUGUGGUUGAAGUGAGUGGAGCCAGGCGAGAGGACUUUCCCCAGCUUUUUGCUUGAAAACAUCCAGGAACUACGAUAUGACAGACAAGGAGAUCGAGCAGUGCACCGUUUCUGUCUUCGACCAGACACCAGGCUCAGAGCAGAAGAAGAUCAAUGUGGUGGUGCGGCCACAUUUUACUGUCCAGCGGGUCAUAGAACUGAUCGGCACGCAGUUUUCCUACGGAAAAUUUGAGCUUAUUCUCCAGCCCCAAGAGGGCAGGGAUCUGGUCCACCUAAACACUCUGGGCACUCAGCUACUAUACGAUGUGAACGGUUUUGAGCGACAGCAGAUAAAUCAUCUGGUACUGCUGCCAGCUGGCAGCUGGGAGGGCGAUGUGGCCAAGCGCUUUGAGCUGCCCAUAAAGAAGGCUCAGGUUGUGGUCAGUCUGCGCCCCAAGGACCCAAACGCAAAGUCCAGCGAUCUGAAGACCAAGACCUCAGCCACUGGCGAGAAGAAGAAAAAGGUGGUGGGUGAGAAGACAAAAAAGAAGUCCUUAUCGGGCUCAUCUUCACCGAGCAAGACCAAGGCAGCGAGCGAAGAAUCUGCUCCCAGCACUAAGGCAAGCCCAGAUCAGAGUCCAAAGGCAAGCGGAAGCUCAGAGGACAAGGCAAAGGCAAGCGGAAGCUCAGACGACAACCCAACGGCAAGCGGAAGCUCAGAGGCCAAGGCAAAGGCAAGCGCCAGCUCAGAAGAGAAUCCAAAAGCCGGCCUCAGCUCAGAGGACAGCCCAAAGGCAAGCGGAAGUGCAGAGGACAGGCCAGGGACCAUUACUGAGGUCAAACCAGAAGUCGCUAUUGAUGUCAAGCCAGAAGAAAGUUCUGACAUCAGUCCGGUCCACGCAAAAUUAGUGUUCAAGAAGAAGGAGAAGGCUACCAGCGAUGACUGCUACGGCCUGCCCAUGGACGAGCUAAACAAGGCGGUGACACAUGAUCUAAUGUCGCCUGUCGACGAUCUACCCUCGGAACUGUUCAACGUGAGUCCCGUUUCGGAUGCAGAACCACUGUCGGACGAUGACCUGGCCCUGGGCGCCUCGGCCAGUCCCACACUGAUGGGACCCGGCUAUGAAUUUGGACCAGCCGUGGGCGAUGGUGAGGGGCCGGUCGGUGAGGGUGACCAGGCAGCUGGCGGGGCAGAUGCGGGCGAAGAUCCGGGUAUCUCCAGUUUCUAUCGGCGCAAGUACGGCGGCGACGAGUUGUCCUCAUGGCAGCGCAUGAACUCAACGGCGGCAGAGCUGGUGGCCUCCGCCACCACGGAGAGUGAGCCGCGACCCACUGCUGGCCCCAAGGGAUACGUGGGAUUGGUCAAUCAGGCCAUGACCUGUUACCUAAACAGUCUGCUGCAGGCGCUCUACAUGACGCCCGAGUUCAGGAACGCGCUCUACCGAUGGGAGUUCGACAAUGACAACGAGGCGAAAAAUAUCCCAUAUCAGCUGCAGAAACUUUUCCUCAAUCUGCAGACAUCGCCCAAGUCCUCGGUGGAGACCACGGAUCUGACGCGCAGCUUUGGCUGGGACUCGACGGAGGCGUGGCAACAGCACGACAUCCAGGAGCUGUGUCGCGUCAUGUUCGAUGCGUUGGAGCAGAAGUUCAAGAACACUAAGCAGGCGCAUCUCAUCUCAAAUCUCUACGAGGGCAAGAUGAACGACUACGUUAAAUGUUUGGAGUGCAAUACGGAGAAGACGCGCGAGGACACCUUCCUGGACAUACCGCUGCCGGUGCGUCCGUUUGGCAGCAACUCUGCCUAUGGCAGCAUUGAGGAGGCCCUGCGCGCCUUCGUUCAGCCAGAAACGCUCGAUGGGAAUAAUCAGUAUCUGUGCGAGAAGUGCAAGAAGAAGUGCGAUGCUCACAAGGGGCUGCACUUUAAGUCCUUCCCCUACAUCCUGACACUGCACCUGAAACGCUUCGACUUUGACUACACAUCCAUGAACCGCAUCAAGCUGAACGACAGAGUGACCUUCCCGCAGAAGCUCAACCUAAACACGUUCGUCAAUCGCAGUGCCAACGGCGAGCAGUAUCAAAUGAAUGGUGGAACAGCUGCUGAAGAUUGCAGCACGGCCGACAGCGGCUCCACGAUAGAGGAUGAUAACCUGAGCAGCGGCGUGGGUACCACUGCCAGCUCCAGCCAGCACGAGAACGAUCUGAAUGACGAGGACGAGGGCAUCGACAUGAGCAGCAGCACCAGCAAGAGCGCCAAGCAGGGCACGGGACCGUAUAUGUAUGAGCUCUUUGCCAUCAUGAUCCACUCGGGCAGCGCCUCGGGUGGGCAUUACUAUGCCUACAUCAAGGACUUUGACAGCAACGAAUGGUUCUGCUUCAACGAUCAAAAUGUGUCCUCGAUCACACAGGAGGAUAUACAGCGCUCGUUUGGCGGGCCCAAUGGCAGCUACUACUCCAGCGCCUACACCUCUAGCACCAAUGCCUACAUGCUGAUGUACCGCCAGGUGGAUGGCAAACGAAACGAGCACACCGCCAAGGUGGCUGACUUUCCCGAGCACAUCAAGACGCUGCUGCCAAAGCUGCAUACGGAGGAGGAAACGCGCGUGACACGCAUCGGACGGCACACCACUGUCACCGAUCUGGCGCUGCCGGAUCUGUACAAGCCGCGCGUCUACUUCUACAAUCCCUCGCUCAAGAAGAUGAAGAUCACGCGGGUCUACCUGUCCCAGAGCUUUGACAUCAAUCUCGUGCUGACGUCCGCCUACGAGAUGUUGAAUGUGGAGCAAUUUGCGCCCAUUGCCCGGUGUCGCCUAGUGGCCUACAACUCGACCAUGGACACUAUCAUUCAGUCGCUGGAGAGCUACACCGAUCCGGCGCUGACGGAGCUGCGGGCCGCACAGAAUCACAAUCUAGACUUUCUGCUGGAGUACCGGGCCGAGGAUCAGACAUUCGAAUUGUACGCGCCGGAUGGUAUCACUUGGUAUGUGUUUAUGGUAGAUCUAUCGACGAUGGCCAUGGACGGUCCCUUCCUGGUUUACUCAGCAGCGCGGGAACGAGAGCCCAGUGACGUUCUGCGUCACUCCAUUGCCGUGCGAUUGCACAUCAACGAGCAGCACUUUCUGCUCGCCACCGUACGCAGUACCGUCGCGAAGGCCUUUGUGGUCUAUGAUCCCCAUCCAACGCCGGAGGCGCAGCAGCAGCUCCAGACUCUCGCCAACGGCCAGUUCAAAUAUAUCACAUUUUACUACUUGAAUGUCCCCAACACAGACGCCGCCAGUCUCGAGAUGUUGGGCGUGCCAAGCAGCGAGUGCCGCCUCGAGCCUGCUCCUGGCAACGGUGCGGAUGUUGUCGAUGCCGCCAUGAUGAACGGCAUCGGUUCCGGAUCGGGACAGGAUUUCUCCAGCAAUGACUCCGAUUGGAGGUACAAGCGGGAUAUGCUGGAGCCCCUGAACCAGCCGAGCCAUGGCCAAGAGUCCAAUUCGGAGGACAGCAGCCUGAGCGAUGGCGAUCGCACACUGGUGGAGUCCGACAACAUACAGAAUCGCGGCGGUGGCGACAGUCAAGUGAGCUCCACCAGCCAUUCACCGCAAUUGUCUAGUCCCGAGGAUGAAGCCGCCUCCCACGAUUCCAUGAUGCGCGUACGCGCCUACUGCAAUGGCAGCUACACGGCCGCCGAUGCCGUGGAGCCCAUCCAUCUGCCCACGAGCAAAACGCACUUUUUCCAUGCCUGCAAGGUGGAGUGCGUGGACGUGACCAGCAGCACCAGUUCGGGCCAUCAGUCCGAUGACGAGGCACAGCUGAGGAAACCCACCCGCGCCUACAAACUGCUGGUGGGCCACCACAUGCGGAUGACCACCUUCAAGCAGCACAUCGAGCAGCUGAUCCAGGUGCCCAGCGCCUACUUUAAGCUGCAGAGGAAGCAUGAGAACACUGCCUUCAACAGCCAGAGCUCGGUGGUCAUCCUUAACGAGGGCGAGACCCUGACCGUGGAGCUUGGCAAGACCCUGCAGUCGGACGAGUACAAGGCGAAGAUCCAAUUCUUGCGACUGGCCGAUGUGGACAAUGAAACCUCACGGCUGCCCUGCGCCUGUGAGUGGGUGUACAAUAGCAGCACCACAGUCGAGCAGGCCAAGUACGAACUGGUGGCGAAGCUGCAUCGCAUGGAUGCCAAGUACUCUACCCUCACGGUGGACAAUUGCCGCAUCUGGCUGAAGGGCGGUCGCAGCUCCAUCAAGAUACUGGCCAACGAUGAGCUCCUGUCCAGCGACAUCAGCUCUACAGUCACCGCGGAGUUUAUUGUGCAAGAGUGCGAGGAGGGUGUCGAUCCGCAGCCCAAGGAUGAUUCUCUGACCAUAUUCGCGAGGCGCUGGUGUCCCAGCAAGCUGGAGUUUGGCAAAUUCCAAGAAAUCACAUUGGAAAAGGACAGCGAGAUAAGGCAAACAUUGUCAGAGAUUAGCAGCAUCACAGUAGAUAAAUUGAGCUACAUGAAGGUAAACAGUAACUUCCCCUGCACAAGCAUAUCAGCACUCAGUGUGAACGAGUCAAGCAGCUGGUACUCGGUGCCGACAACCAGGGACAAGCAUCCGCUAAGCACCACACAGGCGGGCAGCAUUUUCUUAUACAAAGAUAAGAGCAUACCCGCGCGAGAGCUGACGCAGGAGGAGCGCCGCCAAAUUGAUACCCGGGAGAAGGCUCGCCUGGAUCGUUUGGGUUGUGUGACCACCACACGAUAUUCGCAGCGGCGCGAGCGAGCGCUUAAAAUCUACGUAGACUCGCCGGAGAAGACAAACAACGCCACAGCCUCGGCGCCCAUGGAUGCGCAUGUCGGUAAUUAGUCUUGCAUGGGGAGCUGCCGCUUGCAAUAGUAGAUGUUCAGAAGAAGAUCUAUAGAGUCCUAUAGCUAUAGCUACCAGCUAAGCAAACGGCAGACCAUUAAAUGCCACACAAACCUGUUAUAGUCUAAGGUUCUCCUCUCAUCCUGCUUCAAUCUAUUACCAGCAUAGCAUACUCGUAUUUCGUUUCGAUGUUUGUGGGCGGCGGGGAUGAAGAUGGGUAUGCGGGGAUGGUGGGCUGGGCUAAGCGGCAGCAGUAACGAAGUUAUUCUUGCAACUUUCGUAUUACAAGAGUUCAAAGAUGAGACUGUGUAAAAUUUAAACUAAAAACGCAAAACAAAACGCCA